UGAGAACUAGAAUCCACUUCAUGUUGUGUGAUGUAUUUUUCUAUUCUCUUUUCUCCAAGUCUUUCCCUAUAAAGACCAGAGAACCUGUGAGAAAGAGGACUCCAUCCAAUCCCUCUCGGGAGCUGUGUUCCAUGAGGAUCUAUCAUGAAUCCUCAAGUCAGGACAUCUCAAAUGGGAAGAACAGAAUGAAUUUGACUCCUUUUUAUGGUGGUGCUGAGAGAGUGGUUGAAGCUUCAACUGAAGAAGGUCUUGUGUCCUUUAAGGAGGUGGCUGUGUAUUUCUCCGAAGAAGAGUGGACUCAGCUGGAUGAUAAUCAAAAAGCACUAUAUCGGGAAGUCAUGCUGGAAAAUCAUAGGAUUGUGGCCUCUUUGGGUAAUAAUGGGGAGGAAGAUGAAGAUUCCAGAGAACUAUUCAAAAUGAUCAGUCGUAGAUACAGUUUGAACAACCCUACAAUUUUAAUGGAAGUAGGAAGCCAUGAGAGAAACGAGUCAAAUAAUUGCAAUCAGGAAAGUUCAUCUUCUGUCCUUGAAGCAAUGAAAGCCUCUGUGGCCCAGCAAGAAAAAAUAAAAACGAAAUAU